AAUUGUAUAUUCGCCUUCAUAUGUGCGUACAUAUGUGCCUAAGUGACUGAGAUAAUUCCAGAUAGCGUAUGCACACGACAUUCGUUAUUUUUUCACUCAUUGCCAGGCCUGCUUAUUUGUUGCUCCUUUUGUUUUUUGGACGUACUAUGUUUUUUAAAUUAUGUGGAAUUAUGUGCUUAUUGAUCGUUGGACACCAUGUGGCAGCCACAUCGGCCAGUGACGACAUAUCGGACUAUAUAAGAAAAUGCUGCAUACAUGGGCUCCGGCAUGCUCGUACAACCGCCUCGUGCACAAAUAUUAAUAUGGCUUCAACAAUAAUACCACAACUUUGGAUCGGACUAUGUCAUUCUACACUUGAUGUCUGCUGUUCUCGAGAACUUGAUCAUCAAAAUUGUGUGCUAGGUCGACUUGCUGCUUUGGAAGGUACUCGCUGCGACAGAGGAGAAAAUUUAACUUCAAAUUCGUAUGCAACAUGUUGUCGAUCUUGUCAAAUUGGAUUGGCGGUAAAAGCAAGUAAUGUCAACUGCAAGGAUCCCCUUUUUUCAUUUCUUUCCUCAAUCGAAUCAUACCAAGCUUGUUGCUACGAAGCCGCAGAUUCAAAUUUAAAACCUGAUAAAGAUACAAGUAAUGAAAAUUCUAUUACCGAAGAUGGCGAAAGCCUGUUUGACUCUGGAGAGGAUAUAAAUGGUACAAUUGUCCUAACCGGUGAUGACGACAUAUGUGGCAAAAUUGAAAACCUUUGCGCCCACAUAUGCGAAAAUACUUUCGACGCUUAUCAGUGUAAAUGCCGCCCCGGAUUUACGUUAGAUUAUAACAACGUAACGUGCUCUCCGAUGAACAUCCCCAUUUGUCCCAGUGGCUACAUCCUAGACAAACUGGAAAACAAAUGCAUCGACAUCGACGAGUGCAGGGAGAAUGUUCAUGAGUGCAAAUUAUCCCAAUACUGCCACAAUACGAAUGGUGGCUACCACUGCUUAAAUGUGAAAGCAAAGGAUUGUCCACUUGGAUAUCACUAUGAUAGCGAAUACGAUAAAUGUAAAGAUACGCUUCUCUCAGAUGAUAGCGAAUGCAAAGAUGACAGCUCUAAGUGUUUUACAGAAAAGAGUCAGUCAUGUGAAAGUGGUUUUAGUUUAAAAAACGGAAGCUGUACUGACAUUGACGAAUGCAAUAAUAACACAACAAACAACUGUCUCAGUGAUAAUCAUCAAGAAUGCAUUAACACCUUGGGCAGUUAUUUAUGCCAAUGCCAAACUGGAUUUAACUUGGAUGCCACUCUGAAAAAGUGCGUUGACAUCAAUGAAUGUUCGAUAAACAACCACAACUGCCUUCCGACUCAGAGAUGUGAUAACACAAUCGGAUCAUAUAUCUGCACGCGUCUUCAAAGCUGCGGCACGGGCUACACAUUAAAUGCGGAAACUGGAAAUUGUGACGAUGAUGAUGAAUGCAUACUGAAUACUCAUAACUGCCCCUUAAACUAUGAUUGCCACAACACGAAGGGGUCAUUUCGAUGCUAUAGAAAAACCACGACAAGCUCAACCACUACAACGACGUCGACUACAGUUCCACCUGUAACUAUAGAGUCUGCACCAAGGGAAAAUAUUUCUCGGUAUCCAAUGACAAUACAUCAGGAUUUUCCUCGCUAUGUUUCAUCUGCCAUAUCCCGAUUGGACUGUAAUUCUGGAUUUUAUAGGAAUAGUCUUGGAGCAUGUGUCGAUAUAAAUGAAUGUGUUGAAAGGAACCCUUGUGGUAACCACCAACGUUGCAUCAACACAAACGGUCAUUUUCGCUGUGAAAGUCUUCUUCAGUGCUCGCCCGGAUACAAAUCAAGAGCAGACGGGAGAUCAUGCAUAGAUAUUGAUGAGUGCGAAACUGGUGAGCACAACUGUGGCGAAAGACAAAUAUGCCGCAAUCGCAGCGGUGGCUAUGUAUGCACCUGUCCGAUAGGUCACGAAAUAAAGCGGCUAAGCACUGGUGUUAAUACAUGUGUGGACACCAACGAAUGCGAGCUGGACCAACGUGUAUGUCCAUCGAAUGCACACUGCUUUAAUACUAUAGGAUCUUACUAUUGUGAAUGCAAAGCUGGCUUUAAAAAAAAAGCUGAUAAUAACAAUAACACACAAUGCUUUGAUAUCGAUGAGUGCCAAGUGGUUCCGGGUCUUUGUCAACAAAAGUGUGUUAAUACUUGGGGCGGGUAUCGAUGUACUUGUAACGCCGGAUACCAACUAGGACCUGACAACCGCACAUGCAAUGAUAUAAAUGAGUGUGAAGUUCACAAGGACUACAAACUAUGCAUGGGAUUCUGUAUUAACACUCCCGGAUCCUACCAGUGUUCUUGCCCACGUGGUUAUACGUUGUCUGCCGACAUGAAUUCUUGCCGCGAUAUCGACGAAUGUGCAACUGAUUCCAUUAAUCAAGUGUGCACAGGCCGGAAUGACAUUUGCACAAACACCCGUGGAAGCUAUAAAUGUACUACCAUUAAUUGCCCAUAUGGAUACACUAUUGAUGCAGAACAAAAAAACCGGUGCCGACAAAACACUAAUUUCUGCGAAGGAGAAGAUUGUUUCACACAACCCUCAGCCUACAUAUAUAAUUUUAUAACCUUUGUAUCCAAGCUAAUGAUAUCUCCGGAGGGUCGAACAAUCUUUACAUUGAGGGGUCCACUUUGGUAUGAUAACAUUGAUUUUGAUCUAAAAAUUGUUCGCAUACAAGCAACCAACAAUGUUAAAAAAGCUACUGACAAGAAUUUUGACACCAUAAAAAACAACAACCAAGUCAGUGUACUACUGAAGAAAUCACUAGAAGGGCCACAGGACGUUGAAUUGGAACUAAGUAUGACAGUGUACACAAACGGAAUGCCUCGUGGAAAAAGUGUCGCAAAACUGUUCCUUUUCGUUUCCCAACACACAUUUUAGCAAUAAAUGCAACCAUUAAAAUUUGA